CCCGGCUGCCGCCGCGCCUCCCCGUUCUGGGACCGCGACCAGGACCGGGACCGGCUCCGGCGGGCGGCUUCCCCACGCCCCUCCGCAGCCGCGCUCCCGCGGGGUGCCUGCGGCCGCCGCCUCCUUCUCUUGCCGCCGCCGCGCCCGGCCAUGUCGAUGCUGCCGUCGUUUGGCUUCACGCAGGAGCAGGUCGCCUGCGUCUGCGAGGUGCUGCAGCAAGGGGGGAACCUGGAGAGGUUGGGCCGGUUCCUCUGGUCGCUGCCGGCCUGCGACCACCUGCACAAGAACGAGAGCGUCCUGAAGGCCAAGGCGGUGGUGGCCUUCCACCGCGGCAACUUCCGCGAGCUCUACAAGAUCCUGGAGAGCCACCAGUUCUCCCCACACAACCACCCCAAGCUCCAGCAGCUCUGGCUGAAGGCUCACUACGUGGAAGCCGAGAAACUGCGGGGCAGACCCUUGGGCGCCGUCGGCAAAUACCGCGUCCGCCGAAAAUUCCCUUUGCCCCGCACCAUCUGGGACGGCGAGGAAACCAGCUACUGCUUCAAGGAGAAAUCCCGGGGCGUGCUGCGGGAAUGGUACGCCCACAACCCCUACCCGUCCCCCCGGGAGAAGCGGGAGUUGGCGGAAGCCACCGGUCUCACCACCACCCAGGUCAGCAACUGGUUCAAGAACCGGAGGCAGCGGGACCGAGCGGCGGAGGCGAAGGAAAGGGAGAACACAGAAAACAACAACUCGGCCACCAACAAACCGAACCAACUCUCGCCUCUGGAUGGGAGCAAACCCCUCAUGUCCAGCUCCGAGGAAGAGUUUUCUCCUCCCCAAAGCCCGGAUCAGAACUCGGUCCUGCUCUUGCAGGGGAACCUCAGCCACGCCAGGAGCUCCAGCUACUCCCUGGGCGGCUUGGCAGCAUCCCAGACCCCUCACAGCCUCCAAGGCCACCAGCUCCAGGACUCGCUGCUGGGACCCCUCACGUCCAGCCUGGUGGAUCUGGGAUCCUAAAGGCCCGCGGCGGGCGGGCAGAGGGUCGGGAGCGGCGGUUCCGCUCGGGGACAGAGGCUCUGGGUUGUACAUAGAGGACAUCACCCGGGUUUACAGCUCACCCGCUGCUUCUUGACGGGACUCUCGGCUCUUUUCACACAACCCCACGUCGGCUCCUGGCCCAGUUCCCUCCCAGCGUCUCCCACUAUCAUCACCAUGAUUUUUUUUUUUCUUCCCCCCUUUUUUUUUUUUUUUUUUUUUUUUUUAAUUUUUAUUUUCUUUUCUGCGUAGCCAAAUGCAGAGAGCGGCACAAACCCUCAGCCCUUCGAGUUCAACCCAGCUGGUCCCAACGGGAAUUACAAAAAAGAGAGAGAGGGGAAAAAAAAAAGGGAGAAAAAACCAAACCCAACCCCAGCUGGAUCCGAUUCCACCCAAACAAAUCCCAGCCCCGCGGGCACGGAGGGCCCGGGGCGGCCGCCGCACCCCCGCUGCUGCCCGGCGGGUUCCCGCGGGGCCGGCACGGAGCUGGGCCGGGGGCCAAGGGAGCGACCCGUUGUGCUGAGCCCGGCGUUGUGGCGGGAGGAGGGAGGGGAGUUACGUUUACAUUUUUCAUAUUUAGCCUUACCAGAAAGAUUUCGAUGUAGUUUAAAUUUAAAAAAAGAAAAAAAAAAAAAAAAAGUCGAAAGCUGCAGUAUUAGAGUUUUACCAAGUGCCUAUGUCUUAACGCGGCCGGGCGAGGCAGGCAGCGAGUGAGCUCCCGCCGCCUCCGGCUUCCUUCUCCUCCGUGGUGAAAUGCAUCGAUGUGGCUAAAAUUAGGGUAAUAAUUAAUAAUACUAAGAGUCGGCGGCCGCUUCCCCCCGGACGGGUGCUCCUCGGGCGGCCCCGGCAGCUCCCCGUUGAGCGCUCCUGCCUGGCCCCGUUCUCCGCUUUCCCCUCCGGCUUGCAGAGAGCCCGCGGAUGACGAGUAUUUGUUACCAAAAAUCGCAUGUGCUUUCAGGUUUAUUUUCUAUUGUACCUAAACAGUCUAAAUUAAACAACGCUGAUGGCAGAA